UUCAAAUAUAACUAAUCAGAGCUACUGGGAAGUCAAGAUGUAUUUCUUCGCAAGUCUUUUAUUCAUAAUUCCCAUCUGCUCCGUGGCAGCCAAAGUGACUAGUUCACCACCGGUUUUGGUCUGGGGAGUCGAUACGCCUAAAGCCAGCAGUAUUUUUCGGCCUGUGAAAACGACACAGUUUCAAAAGAUAAUACGAAAGUUGCAGGCAAAUAAUAUGAUAAUUAUCUACUUGGCCUCGGAGCUAGCUGCCAAGGAUAUAAACUGCGACGUGUGCUUUCCCUACCUCAGCAAGAUCCAGCCCAUGAACUUCUACAGCCAGGUGGAGGAGCCCCUAAAGGCCGUGGAGCAGGUGGCUGAGCAGACAGAAGAGAUUAUUUGGCACCACCCCCAGGUCUCAGAAAUGGGGAGUUUGGAGGCGGAAAUGGAGCUGUCGUGCCAAAAGGGGCAGAUACACGCGUUCAGCUUCAACGAUCGCAAUGUGAUAGCGCACGACGCUGCAAUGGCCGUGGCAACCUAUCAGUUCACCGACUGCCCGGUGGUGCAUGUGUACACCGCCUACACGGAGGAGGACAAAGCGCUCCAGCGUCGCAAAUCGCACAAGACCAAAGCCAUGCCCAUUAAAUCGGAGGCAUCGAAGAAUAUCGAUGGAACGCCAAGCGCAGGCGAUUCAAAGCCUGGUCAGCUGGUCAGCUAUGGCCAGGCUGAUAACAUGACCGUGCUGCGUCACGAAAUGGUAGUCCUCACCUUUCGCAACAUCCUGUUGGCCAACAAGAAGCGCCCCUCCGUGCUCUCCGCCUUCAACCGAACGAACGUGGUGCUCAUCCCAGGCAGCGAGAAAGUGCAGGUGGGUCUGCUCAACGGCCUGGACAUCUUCGGUGGCAUUGUGUUGGUGCUGAACACAGAACUCAGUCCGCUGGUCAUGGAGCUGAUGCCAUCGCAGGGCAAUUGGUACAUGACGCGCAUGAUCUUCAUGAACAACACCCACUAUCCACGCGAUCUCAUCUUCUUUGGCUUUAUGUUCAGUCUUUGCUGCACGGACAUCACCAUGUAUUCCCCGUUGGCGGGGCGUCUCAGUUUCUUCGACUUUCACCUGGAUAUCCUUUGGCAAGAUAAGGACAGUGGCCUGGACCUGGACUACGAGGUGAAGCCCUGCUGGGACUGUAAUAUACUUAUGACUCCCACCCUGACGCAGACCAUCUUCGUGGUGCUGAUCAUCUUGGCGGUGUUCUGGGGUGGCAUGGCAAUGAUACUUUCGAUCGGCCGCAAUCACAUGCUGCAAAACGCCAACGAUCCUGACCUGCACAUCAAGACGGACACCUAGGCGAUGCGGAACUGUGGUGGCGACCCUCGCCCACGCUCUUUGAUGCACAUGCGGCACAGUACACACACAUUCCACACACUCACACACCUUCUGCUAAUUCACUUGCUUACAAUUCUAAUCGCUUGGGGUUGCGACUGGGGGCGGGCAAGGGGGGUUUAG